AUGUCUAUCUCUAAUAACAACCAAAAAAAUACAAAUGCUCAGUUUGCACAAUUCAUUACAAAGAAUUUGUUAUGUUAUAAUAAUAAUAAUAAUACAUUGCAAACAGAAGAAGAACCCGUAGUGAAUGACAUUGACAUGUACAUUGAUAUGGACAUUGAUGUUAACAAUGUCAAAGAUCAAAUUGAAUCUGAUUCUCGGUUUGGUUCCGAAAGUGAUAAUGAAGUUGAAAGCACUGAGUCAAUUGAUUCUGACAGUUCAGAUGAUUCUGAUAAUUUUGAAGAUGAGUUUGAAGGCAUUGAAGAUUAG